CAUCGUUAUAUAUUUAAAACAUGCAAACACGGAACGGUUAUAGUUUUAAUAAAAUGCGAGCAUCUUACUUUUUCAGCUGUCUAAAUAAGUUUUUGACUUAUGAAAUGUAUAGGGCAAAUGUGAAGAGAACUCAUGAUUUUUAUUUACAGAAAUUCGUACACUAAGUUUGAGUUUCAUGGUGAUGUCUCAAAUGAGUUACAUUACUAUUUUAUGCAGUUGUAAUUAUAUCCUUGAUUGCUUCGAUCUAUGCUAAGGUCGGAGCAUUAUUCAUCUAACUAAAACAACCAACUUAAGAUUAUUCUAAGUAUUCGAUAAGUUUUGAAAAACUUUUUUGUUUGAGAUAAAUAUUGAAUUAAAUUUAGUCUUGAUUCUUUAUGUUCCAGAACUACAUGUCUUAAGAACGUAUCUAUUUUUUGUUUUAUUUUAGAUUACAUCGUACAUCGAUAAUUAACAUGAGAGAAUGAGCUUCACAAGCGACGAAGUGAACUACCUUAUUUACAGAUAUUUGUCAGAAUCAGGUAAGCCAGUCGAAGUUUUUACAAUUAAAUUACGGAUCAUUUCUCUGUUAUAUAUAAAAUCUGCAGCUACAAAAUGAAAAAAACACGUAUUUUCAUUAAAUAUUUGUAUAAUUUACAGAGAAAUAGAGAAAUAAUAUAGUUUUGAAUUAGAUUAGUUCUUAAGAUCAGACGAUAAGUGCAGUAAGAAUGCCUAAACAACCAAUACAUAUGACGUAAUGUUUCCCGUCAUUCAUUUUUUUUUAAUGUUUGAAAGAUGAUACCAGUUGCAAGAACCAGAUAUAUCUAUGCUGCACAGCUGUUACACAAGUAUAAUUGUCGGAAGCCCAUUAAAAUAGCACCAUAUGUUCAACAAUCAACAUAUUUUUUCAUAAAAAUUUAAACAUACGUUAAAAAGUGUGUCAUCUGAAAAAAUCUCAGUUUACAAAGUAAUUCAUACGUGAAAAAUAAAGUGAAAUUUAUGUGAUAAAGUAAUUUAGUUUUGAUUUUUAUUAUGUGCUUUAAAAUUUUUUCCAGUACGUAUCAUAUUUUUCUUUAAUAGAUGGAUUCCUUCUAUUGUAUCACAGAAAUAUUUAUUACGACGGCAAUAAAAAUAUCUCUAUUACGUUUUGAUUUGAUAGUUUUGCAAGUACAUUACAAAAUCAUUUUUGCAGAGCAAAAAACAUAGAAAUGUCAGCGACCCGGUGUGUCUGCAAUAAAAAGAAAGAAUCUAACGUUAUAGUUGCCUGGAAAGAAGACCCAGACAUGUGUUAAAAUUAAUCAUUAGUGACAAUUUACCGGAAAAAAUACAAGUUUAUCUUAGACAAACGAGCAUUUUUACUUUGUCUUUUCUCUGUUUAUUAGCAUAGACGAACUAUUUCAAUCUAUGAACAAGAAAUAUUUGACCUAUGCUCUAUAAAAAACAAAGACUGCCUAUCGACAGGGUCUGCGAGAAAGUCUGAUGUUUCACUCCAGCAAGCAAAAAUCCUACGGGCAGGUUUGCACAGGUGUGCAGGGAACAUUAUGACAGACCUUGGAAGAUCUGAGCACCGCUCUAUCGUAUACCACUGCGAUAUUCAGGGAUAGGCGUCGACAGGCAGUCGUUUUUUAUAGGAUACUUUCUUUCCUUUUAUGCGUAUGUGUGGCGAAAAAUAAUUUAUUAGCAUUUUUUUAAUUAAUUUUUAUCUUAGCUUUCAUCUUUGUAUAAUUUGAUUUCUAUUCUAGGAUUUGUUCAUUCAGCCUAUUUAUUUGGACUUGAAAGUCAUAUUGCUCAAACAUCAAUUAAUGGAAGUAUUAUACCACCUGGAGCUUUACUGUCACUUAUUCAAAAAGGAUUAUAUUAUACAGAAGCAGAAUUGUCAAUCGGUGAUGAAGGCCAAGAACGUGCAUUCGAAACACUUAGUCUCAUUGAUGCGGUUGUGCCAGAAACUAUCGAGAUCCGUCGAAAAGAAAUUCUUAAUCAAAAUCAGAAUGUUAAACAAGAGAAACCAAAUACUUCAUCAUCAUCGUCAAUAGCCACAGCCAUAACGACUAGUACUACGUUUUCAACCUCGUCACCGCAAACUAGUACAACGGUCACAAUUACGCCCUCUUCCACAGUAAUUACUCCUACAAAUAAUGAAAGUAGUAGCACGUCAUACGUUAAUAAUUCGAUAAGAUCGAGUAUUGAUUAUUCGACUUAUUCGACCAAUGGACUAUCGAACCAUAGCAGUGCCAUUGAAACAUCGUCCUCUAGUAUACCGUCCAAUAAUACGUCACAAACUUCUUCAUCCUUAAUGUCGCAAGUACGACCAUUUUUACAUAUAACGAACACGUCGCCCAAACCAACAUCCUCGCCUCAUAUUCUGUCGUCGACAGGUUCAACAAAUUAUACAAAUAGUAAUAUAUCAAAUGGAACAGAACAUUACAAUAUGAAUAAUCACAUAAUAGUGCCAAAACCAGAAUCGAUGGAUUAUGAGUCCAUUCAUCAAACAAAUUUAAGAAAUUCCACAACACCUACAUCUACUGUUUCAACUGGCGGACUGAAAAACGGUAUCGAUAUUUCGCCGAAUCGCGUUAAUGUAUUACGUGGACACGAAUCAGAAGUAUUUAUAUGUGCAUGGAAUCCUGCAGCAGAUCUAUUAGCAUCUGGGUCAGGUGACUCAACAGCUCGAAUAUGGAAUCUGAUGGAUCCUAAUGGACCAGAAACGGUGUUGAGACAUUGUAUAAGACGAGGAGAUACCCAAGUACCAAGUAAUAAAGACGUUACAUCGUUGGAUUGGAAUCCGACUGGAACACAACUGGCAACAGGAUCAUAUGAUGGUUACGCACGUAUUUGGUCAACAGAUGGCACUCUAGUCAGCACAUUAGGACAACAUAAAGGACCAAUAUUUGCAUUGAAAUGGAAUAAAAAAGGAAACUAUAUAUUGUCAGCUGGAGUAGAUCGAACUACAAUCAUCUGGGACUCUAGUUCUGGCUCAUGUGAACAACAGUUCUCGUAUCAUACAGCACCAGCAUUAGACGUGGAUUGGCAAUCAGAUGAAGCAUUUGCAUCGUGCAGUACCGAUCAAAAAAUACAUGUUUGCGCAUUAGGUUGUGACAGACCGCUCAAAACAUUCAUUGGACAUCAAAAUGAAGUGAAUGCUAUUAAGUGGGAUCCACAAGGCCAGUUAUUAGCAUCAUGUUCCGAUGAUAUGACACUCAAAAUUUGGACAAUAAGUAAAGAUCAACCAUUGCAUAAUUUACAAGCUCAUAAUAAAGAAAUUUAUACAAUUAAAUGGAGUCCUACGGGACCGGGAACUAUAAAUCCAAAUGCAUCAUUACUAUUAGCGAGUGCAUCGUUCGAUUCAACUGUUCGCCUUUGGGAUGUUGAACGUGGAAGUUGUUUGCAUACGCUAAUGAAACAUUCAGAACCAGUUUAUUCAGUUGCAUUUAGUCCUGAUGGAAGAUUUUUAGCUACAGGAUCAUUUGAUAAAUGUAUUCAUAUUUGGGAAAUAGUGAGUGGAGAAAUUGUGCAUAGUUAUCGUGGUACAGGUGGUAUAUUCGAGGUUUGUUGGAACAGUCGGGGAAAUCGAGUGGGGGCAAGUGCAUCAGAUGGAACAGUGUGUGUACUAGAUUUAAGAAGAUAA